UGGAGAAUAAUCGGAUUUGAUAUAAUAACUACAAGAAUGGGACAAGCGACAAAUCGCGUGUCAGAAUCUCUUGUCACAUAUUCUCAAAAAAAUCGAAGUGAUACUGAUAAAAUUAUAUUACCAGCAGAUAAUAAGGUUAUAAGUGUUCAUGAUUUAAAUUUGCGCAUUAAGGAUUUGAACGUAAUAACUGAAAUAGUUCGGCUACUUUUACCCGGACUUAGCUGA